CCAUUUAGGAAAAUGGAGUCACCCACAGAUAGUUUCAUGGAACAUUUUUUCGAUAUUGAUAAUUCCCGCAAACAUGAAUAUAAUGAGCAUAUUUCUACUAUGUCCUAUGGAACAUAUUCCCACUCGGAUACAAGUGAAGAUAAUUCUCCCUCAAACACUGAUGACGAAGAUUUAAUAUUUAAUAAUCAAUCUAACAAACGUUCUUAUAAUGAUAUUAUCUCAAUCAUGUAUUCGUCGAAAACACCUAAAUUCUGCGUAAAGGAGGAGAGUUCCGAGAAAAGCUCCAGAGUACAUAAUAAAUGUAUGGAAAAGAUAACUGCGGAUUCCUUUGAAGAAAGAUUCAAGGUAAGAUUUCCAAUGGUUGAAAUCGAUAAUAUAAAAGAUGCUAUAAGCGUCUGGACUCUUGAUUACCAAGUUGGGAAACAGAUUUACCCACGCAUGUGUGAUUGGGAGGCGAUGAAUCGAGCGCCAAAUCCAACUGAUUAUCCAUCAGCACACAGGCAAUAUGAAUAUUUUAAAUCCCUUUACGAGUCUUGGGCUAUCGACUGUAAUAAAAGCUAUGAGGACUGGUGGUACAAGUAUGGGAUGUAUCAAUUAAAAAAUAUACAUAAGAUUCGAAAGAGAAACGCUACUUAUAAACAAAAAAAGAGAAUAAGGCUAAAUACAAAUACAAUUGAUUAA